AUGUCCUCAGUGACACUGGAGUCGUCUUCCCCCCACGAAUUACUGGCCCAGCUCUCACAAAGAGCAGCCGAUGCACUGCAAAAUGAUGAAGAUGAAGAGGAAUCGACAAGGGGAAAUACACAACAACAACAGGGCAAUAAUAAUCAGCAACCGGAACGGUCCCCGAGCCCCGACACUUCUAUCAACAAUUUUGACAUUGAAGCACAGCAGAAAGCGUUGCAACGAUUGAUUGGCAACUUCCGGAACCCGUUCGCCCUCGGCAACCAAAUCCCGUUCCUUUCCGUUCUACAACAAAAUCCGCUCCAUCUACAGCAGCAGCUUCUCAGCCUGGCCUCAGUCAGUGGAACAACGCCAGAGGAUGACGAUGAGGGAGAGAAUAUGGGUGGAGGAGAACCCGAGGAUCUAACCCUUGGGUAUAAAAAGGAGAAAAAGGAAGAUGAUGGGCAUGACGUGACCCCAACCGGGGCUGGACAACCCAAUUGGAGCUACGAGGAACAAUUUAAACAGCUAUACGAAUUGUCGAGCGAUCAGAAGCGCAAGGAGUGGCUGGAUGAUUGGCUGUCUUUUAUGCAUCGAAUCGGAAAACCCGUCACUCGCAUCCCAAUAAUGGCAAAACAAGUGCUCGACCUCUAUGAACUCUAUCGACUCGUCGUCCAACAUGGAGGACUUGUCGAGAUUAUCAACAAGAAAUUGUGGAGAGAAAUCACAAAGGGGCUUAAUCUGCCAUCAUCUAUCACUUCUGCUGCAUUCACACUACGUACACAGUACCAGAAGUAUUUGUAUGAUUAUGAAUGUGAGAAGGAGGGACUGUCGAAUCCCGCUGAUUUACAAGCAGCUAUUGAUGGGAAUAGACGUGAGGGUCGUCGUAACACUGGUGCUCCAUCCUUCGGUCAUCCUCUCUAUCCUCUCGGUCCAUCCGGAGGUCCAGCCUCCCUCCUCGGCAAGCAUCCCCUAGAUUUCUUGGAUGACGACUCGGGUCUUGCUCCCCAGAAUCCAUUCAUGGCCGCGUACAGGGCUGAGCAACAGCUCAUUAUUGAGGCACAACAACGGCAAUUGCAAAAUGAAUUUCGAGCGGCAGCCGAGGCGAUGGCACGUCAAAACCUAGGGCUCGGUGCCCUGGGGCUCCAGGGGAAUCCAUUGGGAAAUAAUGGAAGGCCAUCGGGAAGGGAGAGCACCUCUUCUGUUGAUAGUGAACAUCAAGCCAAAAAAGCCCGAAUCUCCCAUCCAGACGAAGGUGCCCCAUCGGCUACCGUAACCGCCUCAACCCCACAACCCCUCCCAGCAACCAACAUUAAAAUCAACAAUUCUACCGAAGGCGACAAGAAAUCGAUGGUGGUGUCAAUCGAGCUGGACGGGACGACGUAUCAUGGCCUCGCCAAACUGACGCGCACAAAAAAAGGCGGGGGUCGGCAAGGAUUCCUGGACGACUGGUUCCCAAAUCCUUACAAGAUCCUCGACCGCUCAAAGCAGCUGAUACGGUCGCGCCGCCCGGAACAAGGGUUCUUCGGAAGACAUCUUCAUCAACACGGUGCCGGACCGAGCAGAUAUCAUCGCUGGGAAGACGUGACCGCUUCGCAGAGCUCCGACACCGUUGACAACAUGGGUUAUCUUGUGACUGACAACACCUUUGAUGAGAAAUGGCCUGACGUGCGUGAGGUGGUGCAGAAUUUGCUUUAUCGCCGGAGCGUCACCAAAGCCGACUGGCAACACACCUUCCACGCAAUCUUCUACCUUUUUUCGUGGAUUGAUGAUGUUGCUCCUAAGAUACGCAAUGCGCUUCUGGAAGACGUUGAGGUCUACGUCAAAGAAUGUGCUCAGUGGGUGAACGCCAGCACCAACGAUGAAGAGCUCCUGAAAUUGUACAUCCGCGAAUGGAAUCAUUAUCUGUAUCAAUGCAGCGUUAUUCCAAUGCCAUUCAAGUGUCUGGAAAAAGAGGCGCGGGACAAUGUGUUGAAGGACAAUCGGCUGAUCUUGCCACCACAUGAGUCUCACGAAAAAGACGCUAUGCUCGAGAUCUGGCUGAAAUACGUCUUUGAACCGAUUGAACGACGAUUGCUCAAUCGGGCCCUGAAGCUGAUCGAUUCUGAGCGAGGAAAUGCCUCGGUGGCCUCGGAGUUGAUUCUCGGGGUCCGCGACAGUUUUGUUGUGCUGACCACUCCAGAGCAUUACCGCGAUCAGUAUGAAAAAAGUUACAUUCAGCGUAUGCUAUAUUGGUACCGAGAUGCAGCUGGCCAGUUUAUCGAGCAUCACGGCGCCAGCUCCUACAUAUACUAUGCGGAAGAGAAAUUGCAAGAAGAAAGGGCACGCGCUGAUCGUUACCUUGAUCUCGCCAGCAAAGAAAGAGCGAGCGCGGCAUGCGUCACCGUACUGGUCACUCACUUCGAAGAACAGCUCCUUGUUGAGUGCGAAAAAAUGGUGAAGGCCGAGGACAUCGAAGGCAAGAACCCAUUUUGCUCAUCAUUUCUCAAGCUCGUUGCUGACCGUGUUCGGCUACUUGGGAAGGAGGUUAUGGCGCGACACGUUGUCACCACCUCGACGGACCCUGAGCAAUUAAUCAACGGGCUUCAUCUGCUGUUCAGUACCUUUUCACAAUUGAUUAAGUCUGCUUUCGACGAUGAUGCUCGGGCCUUGACUGCCAGGGAUCAAGCUUUCUGUGAUGUCGUCAAUGAUCCUUCGAUUUUCAAAUUGGAGCUGCCACAUUCUCGCAAGGGCAAAGUCACUCCGGAAUCAAGGUGCCCGGAAAUAUUGGCCAACUAUUGCGAUCUUUUGCUGCGAAAGACACCAUUGAGCAAGCGGCUAACGAGUAAUGAAGUUGAUACUCGUCUUGACAGUGUCAUGCUCAUUCUCAAAUAUGUGCAAAACAAAGAUGUCUUCAUGCGUUACCAUAAGGCCCAUCUCGCUCGCCGUCUUCUCACCGAUAUUAGCGCCGAUCAAGAAAAAGAGGAGACUGUUGUUGUACGACUCCGGGAAAGCGGCAUGCCAUCCGAUCAAGUCAACAAAUUGUGCCGGAUGCUUGGCGACGUGCAACUCAAUACUGAUCUGAAUCAAGAAUACAGAAAAUCCUUGCGUGCACCUGCAAAUGAGACUGCCGACGGUCAACCUAACGAUACCUUCUCGAUGAAGAUCCUCGGUUGUGCAUCUUGGCGUCCAGGUGGAAACCAGGGGGAUUCUGUCAAGAUCGCCAUACCGCGCCAGCUAGAAGACUUCUUGGUGACGGCAGAAAAUUUCUACAAGGGAAAACAUUCGGGCAGGAAACUGCAAUGGAUGCACCAUUGGGGCAAUGGCACGAUCAUAUUCAAUUCUGAUAAGGGACGCUAUGAAAUCCAGCUGACAACUUUCCACCUGGCCGUUCUUUUCUGUUGGCUGGAUAACCCUGAGGAAGGAUUAUCGUUCGAGGCAAUUCGUCUGUCCACCGACCUACCAGAUUCAGAGCUGACGCGCACUUUGCUGUCGCUUUGUCCAAUGCCCGCAUCAGGCGAUUCUCAACUUCUGACCUGUCAAUCAUCCGCAUCCGGCUCAAACCCGUUCUGUGAAUCAACGAUCUUCCACUUGAACACUCAAUACAUCCCUGAAAAGAAUGGGAAACCGCUCCGAGGCCGACGUGUCAACUUGAUCGGUCGCCUACAGCUGGGACUUGACGCCUCGGCUUCUUCUGAGCACGAGGAGAUUGUUUCACUGCGUGCCCUUCGUGUUCAAGAAGCAAUCGUCAAGGUGAUGAAGACGCGCAAGAAGCUGACUGCCUCCCAACUGCACACUGAAUUGGUGGAGCACCUUCGACACAUGUUCCUGCCCUCGAAUCAAUUGAUGAAGGAGCAACUAGAGUGGCUGAUCGAGAAUAAGCACAUUGAACGUUGCCCCGUCGACAUCAAUACAUUCAUUUAUCUCGAC